AUGGGUUUCCUUUACUCACAAUUCCUCGUUACUCCCACGUACCCAGCACAGUCUUUCGUCGAUCAAACGGUGCUCAUCACCGGCGCCAAUGUCGGCCUAGGCCUGGAAGCUGCACGCCACAUCACGCGACUAGGCGCCGCCCGAGUGAUCCUUGGUGUUCGAAAUGUGACUGCGGGCAAAGAGGCCAAGGAGGACAUUGAGAAGUCUACAGGUCGCUCAGGCGUCUGCGAAGUGUGGGAGAUCGACCUAGCCUCCAAUGCCUCGGUCCUUGCUUUUGGUGAACGCAUCUCCAAACUCCCCAAGCUCGACGUAGCCAUCCUCAAUGCAGCAAUUGCCACCACAGAGUUCAGCACUGCUGAAGGCUAUGAGCGAAGUGUUACUGUCAAUGUUAUCAACACUCUACUCCUCGGCCUUCUUCUCUUACCUACACUUAAGGCCACCCGACGAAACAGCCCAUCGCGUACGCCCCGACUUACCUUCGUUGUGAGCGAGGUGCAUGGAUGGGUAAAUUUCACAGAAUGGAAGGAAGACGAGCCAAUGAAGGUCGUUAGCGACCAAACCAAAGCCAAAAUGGACGAGCGGUACCCAUUAUCGAAGCUUCUUCAAGUCCUGCUUGUGCAGGAACUAGCAGGGCGCGUGCGUGGAUCAGAGGUAAUCAUCAAUAUGCUCAACCCUGGUUUCUGCCACUCACAACUGGGGCGAGAGUCUGGUUUGAAGUUCAAACUGAUGCAAAUGGUAUUGGCACGAUCGACGGAGGUUGGAUCUCGAACGCUAGUGGCAGGCGCUGCAGCUGGACUCGAAAGUCACGGGGCAUAUAUGAGUGAUGGACAUGUAGAGAACACUAUGCUUUCACCUUUUGUGCGCAGUGACGAUGGACGCCAAGCCCGUGAGAAACUAUGGGCGGAGUUGUCAUCGAUCCUUGAGGGUGUUCAUCCUGGAAUUAUGCAGAAUGUUUGA